AUGUCAUAAAUAGGACAUGACAUAUUUAUUGGAUGCUUAAAUGAAAAUGUGAUAUUAAUUGUAAUUAGCGGAAUACUCCUUUUUUUUACUUUACGUAUACCAUUUAAACAAUAUUUAUAGUCAUCUAUUUGAAUAUUAUUAAAUACAACAAAAACUUUUACAUCUCAUAAGCCAUUUAAUUUUGCUUUAUUGUGUAUCGAGCCUAUUUUUUUGGUUCAGCCUAACUUUGGUCCUCAUUUCAAUUACUUAAUGCAAAUUUCAAGAAAAAUUAUUAGAUGUAAUUAAUUUGUUACUUUCUAUCCCUCCUCAUUUUUGUGCUUGUGUAUAGUUUACAAUAUGAUGGUUUUUAAAAAUUAAGUAUGGGCAGCGAGAUAUUCUAAUCUUUUUGUUAUAUGUUAUACUUCUUCUAUUAAAAUAAAAAUAAUGACGAAAAUUUAAAGGUGAUGGAAGAGAUGCUGCUUAAUGAAAUUAAAAAAAAUUCCUUUUUAAAAAUUUACGAUAAAAAUAAAUAAUUAAUUAUUACUUAUCCAAAAACAGAUGAAACACAAAAGUUUGAAUAUUUUGAAAAUAAUUAAUAAAUUGUUUGCCUUUUUAAAGUCUAUAUGGAUUAAGAAUUAAGUAGUUCUCCAUCAAAUUAAAAAUCAUUUAAUAGAACUAAGACCUUUCAUAAUACUGAAGAUUUUAUAACUUAUUUGGAAACUGAUAACAUAGAUAGCUUAGGUUUUAAUUGGUAUUCUGCAACAAUUAUUGAUUUAUAAACUAAAAUAAAAACAAAAUAUCGUGUUACUUAAUCAAAAUAUGAUAAUGAUUAGAUUGUACUAUUUUUUAUGAAAAUUGAUCCUACUUUAUAAAAGAAAUCUUAUGGUAAAUUCUUACAUUUGAAAAAAGAUAUCUCAAAUAUUUUUACUCAUAAAUUAAAAACACCUUUAAAUGCAGUAUUAGGACAUUUAACAUAAGCAUAUUAUGAUCAAGAUGUAGAUGUAUAAAUUCAAAAUAAUUACAUUAAACCUGCUUAUAUUAAUUCUAAAUUGUAAUUAUUUUAAGUUCAAGAUUUACUUGAAUAUUUAAAUUCAGAUUAAGAGAGUUCCAAUUUAUAAAUUUGCAAAAUUAAUUUAAAAACUCUCUUGUUUUCAUUAUAAGAAUUAAUCUAAUAAUAAUGUUCAAUGAAAAGUAUACACUUAUUAUUUACAAUUAAUGAGAUGAGGUAUAUUAAAUUAGAUAAGUAAAUUAUAUACUAAUUAUUUUUAGUAUUUUUAUUUAUUCUGAUGUUCUAAAACUUGAAAGGACACUUUUUAACCUAUUAAAUUUAACAUACAGAAAUACAACAGAAAAUGGGGUUAUUUCUUUAAAUAUAGGAAUAGAUAAAGAAGUAGAAGAGGCUUCAUUUUCGAUAUCAGAUACAGGAUUAGAAUUAUCUUAAGAAGAAAUUGAUGAAAUAAAUUAAUGGAUUUCUUGUCACAAUUUAUUUAAAUUAUCUAAAAAGAAACCUCAUUAUUAAUAAGAAAUGUUAAUAACUUUAUCAUUAACAAAUAAAUUGAUAAAAUCUAUGAAUUAAUUCACAAAUUAUUCUUUAGAAUUAUGUUAAACUAAAAAUACUGGUAUAGUAUAUAAAUUUAAGAUUAAUAUCCAUAAAGAUAGAUCAGCUGAAAACUCAUAAGAAUAAUAUAGAAUUGGAUAUAUAUUAAAAUAAAGAAGUCUUAAGUAACUUCAUACUCAUCAUUAAAUUUCACAGAAAUCAAUAUUUUCAGGAUAAGAAUAAAGUGGUCCCAUUCUAGAAGAUUCAAUAGAUGAACCAUUUGCUAAUACUCCAUUAGUUGUAAAAAUGAGUAUGCCAUCAAAAGUUGGUUGGUUAUAAAAGAAGAAAUAGGAUCAAACUUAAUUAAUAUCUUAAACAUAAAUUAAUUAAGCUAAUUCAAUUCUUAUUGUUGAUGAUGAGCCAUUCAAUCAUGAUACAUUAAUAUUAAUGUUAAAAUCAAUGGGAUUUAAUAGUUUUUUUAAAGCUUUUGAUGGUUAAUAAGCAAUUAAUAUAGCUUUUGCAAAAUAGAAUGAAAUUUAAGUUGUUUUUAUGGAUCUUGAUAUGCCAAUUAUGGGUGGUUUAGAAGCAACAAAAUUUUUAGUUUAAGAAAUGAUCAAACUUAAUUUAUCAUAUUUUCCUAUAAUUGGUUGCACUGCUCAUGGAGAUGCUGAAUCUAUAGAAUUAUGUAAAUAAGCUGGAAUGUUACAUGUAGUUGUAAAACCUGUGUUUAUAAAGACUUUAAGGGAAACAUUUCAUUUGAUAUCAGAUGAUCCUAUAAAGAAAUCUUAUAAUCGUGUUGGAUCUUUGUAAUUUUGA